UGUGCGCCAGCCAGCCAGCCACCACCGGGAAUCGCGCGUGUGUGUGCGAGUCGGCCGGUCGUGACGUCACUGUUACGGAGCUAGUUCUUCCCGCGGACUCCCGUCUCAGUCACAGUCGUCCUGCGGCCGUGUGACGCAACCCAUCCUCAUUGGCUGCUUCUGCCUUUCCGGGCCGUCCUUCAUAUGUUUACACAUAGCGACUGCUAUGAGCAAAUUUAAUCCAGCACAUGGUGUGGUAGCGCGGGUAAAAUUUACAAUUUGAAAAUCGUUUGGUGUGUUGGUGGUGAUCACGGUGUGCUACUGGACCUUCAGUUGGUUCUUGGUGUUGGUGGAGUGAGUGUGUCAGUAGGUGCUUGUAGUGUGUUACCUUCAUAACCACAACCAUGAACUCAUACUUCGAACAGGGUGGUUUUUACGGCGGCGGCUCCGGCGGGGACCAGGCAUACCGCUUUCCCUUGGGCCUCAGCGUGAGUCCUUAUGGGCAGCCAGGACCACGUCAGGACGGCUACGAUGCUUCAGCGGCCUCCUGCAAGCUGUACGGCGCCCCCCAGGAUCACAUGACGCCCAAUCCUUUCAAGGUGGACUGCGCCAAGGACCAGAACGGUUAUGGUAUCACCAAAGACAUGUCGGGAGGCUGGGGUCCUGCGGUGCGGCCUGCAUGCACGCCGGACCCUGUGGUGGCACGCGGGUACCCGCCGGACCCCAGCACAUCCCCACGGGACCGAACAUCACAUGUAGGAGCCUGGAAUACGUGUGGCAUGACACCCGUGUCCCAGCCUCACCAGCAACCUCAGCAGCAGCCCCAGCAGCAGACAAACAACCAGAUGAAUCAGCCACCCUCCAACACAACCUUCUACCCCUGGAUGGCCAUAGCAGGUACGUGCGAGGCGCCCACGUCGGUAGGGUGUGGGCGGCGCGGGCGUGGUGCCGCUGGCGGGGCACUGGCACCUGUAGGGCAGGUGCCAGGUGUUCCUGCUGCUGCUGCUGCAUGGUGCCAGGCCCGGCCACACGCCUCCGUCACUCACCCGCCCCCACCACCUUCUUUUACAUUCAUUUCUAAUUUCUCUUCACUUCCCAAAACCUCCACAAAAAAUACCCUUCAACAUACUCUUCCACUGUGUAAUGUCAUUCCAUCAGAAACCCUCCGGAUUCCAGCAGCAUCCGACACCCCCCUCGUUGCUCUCAUUUGCAUAAUUAUCUAA